CCGGCUCGUGUGAAGGCCUCUACAGAGGUCCGGACAGCGCUUCGAGAGGUCGGGAUUCCCCAAUCUUGAUCGAGAUGCAGAUUCGAUGAGGAGGCACGGAGGCGUAAAAACGCCUCACGCCGGGAUGCCUGCGAGCCCAGUCAAAGGAUGGGUCCGAUGAUAUUGCUUUGCUGGGGUGAUUAUGCAGGAUGGCAGCAUUCUUCCGUCAGGUACGAUCCUGAAAUCAGAGUCUCUGUUGCGGCUUUGAUACGACGGUUUCUUCUGCCUCACGAUGCCGCAAACUGAUACAACUAAGACCCGACCGGCAGCUUCAUCCAGCAAACACAAUACUGCCCAAGCGAAUAGGCAGCAAACAGCGUGAGGAGGCGACGAAUGCGGCCAUUACGUAUGUCUCGAGCUAAGAUGAAUAGAAAUGAGAGGACGUGCGGCAGUUUAUGCUAUUAUUACUCAUUGAUUCGCCAGAUUCUUGCGAUGAUCGGUGGGUGAUCAAAGCCUCGACGAUAUCCCUCCGGGGCGAGCUUAAGCGAAAUCGAUGUGUGUGAAGCACCGAUAUCAGUGCUUCCCAAAAUAUCGCAAUUACGGCGGCCAUGAUCCGUAACCGCUCAGUCAAAUUUCAAAGCAGAUCUGUGAUGAAAGCAGAAUUCAUGCAGGCCACUGCCGUGUCACGUGGGCUGUGUCCGAUCUCGGCGAACCCCCACCAGAAAAGUCGAGAAACAAGAUUCGGUUGCUUCAGCAUGAACAUUCCACACUGAUCAACAUCAUGGACGGCGACGUUCAGAACCUGAAUCCCACAGUCCUGAGCGCAUCGGAUCUCCCCUCGCGCCGGCGUCCUAGUGCGACGCAGAAGCGGGCCGACGGUGGCACAGGACUCUUCGACUCAUUGCUCCCGUCAUACAGCAGUUCCUACGACGCCUUCUCGCCACUUUCUUCCACCAGCUCCUCCGACAUAUCAGCCGAGGAUGAGGCUGAUGAACCUAUCGACGAGCAAGAGAUCUACGACCUAAUUGCACCAAUCUCAGAUCCUGAACACCCACUCUCGCUUGGAUCGCUCGCGGUUGUAAACCUCCCUGACAUACAUAUCAAGCCGCCAACGAGUCCGCGAUCGAACAUUAGCACAGUGCUUGUGGAGAUUACGCCUACCAUCACACACUGUAGUCUCGCAACGGUUAUUGGCCUGGGCGUACGUGUUCGUCUGGAACAGGCACUGCCACCUCGCUUCCGCGUCGACGUUAGAAUCAAGAAGGGCACACACAGCACGGACGACGCAGUCAAUAAGCAGCUAGGUGAUAAGGAGCGAGUGGCAGCUGCCUUGGAGAACGGAACACUCGUGGGCGUUUUGCGCAAGAUGCUGUCUACAUGUGAUUGAAACCGAGUCAUCUUGCAUACGUGAGGGUGUGAGUCAAGUUUCAGUCCGUGUGUGACGCCAGGCCACCGGUAGCCUGCGGCCCUGCCGACGCAAGAAACAUUCGCAGUGUGAUCAAUGUGUUUCAAAGAGGCGAAUUCCGCUGCGGGAGACACGACGAUGACAGGUGUCGUUGACGGACGAUGCAGUGGAAGGUGGAUGAUCAGUAGCAUCACAGCCGCCUGCAAGGCGCCGCCCGAUUAGGAAGGUAGAUCUGGGGAAAUCAUAUACUGCUCGUGUUGCGCACAUACUGCGCAUUACUACACAGACGAGCGUCUGGAAUUUUCCAGGCGGAUCGGAAGCCCAACGACAUGGCAAUCGCAGCGCGGCACAUUUGAGUUGUGGCGCGAUGCUGAGAAAAGCAAAUCAUCUGCAGGUCCUUAUUUCUCCCCCCCCAUCGUGCGAUCAGGGUGGUUACACUUGGGCACUUGUGCAUAUGCAUAGUGGUAAAAAUGAACGAUCCAUGAACAUCCAACCUUCCUACUCCUGAUCUAUGCAGGCUAGCUGCUUUUUCUUCUGCCGCGUGCCCAUAUGCAGGCGGUUAACUGUCAGACCUUGAAUCUGAUACAUCGCGCCUGCACAUGCCUUUUCGAGAUGACCUUUACUAAAUUGGUCGGAAGGCCUGAAAAGAAGAGAAAAGGGACGACGAAAUUUUCAGAGCCAAAAAUAUCAGCUGUGUGGUAUCUGACAUGCCUCAUAAUCUGAGCCUAACCAGCUCUGACCCCUUACAAUGCGUAUGGCUAGGGUGCUUACACGCAUCAGAUCCUGGAGUUCGAUCGGUCCAUCACGUAACAACGUAGCGGCGAUCCACCCCAGCGGCCUCAAAAAGCUUCGCGGAGACGUCCUUUCUUCUCCCCGCAUUACGAUUCUGCAGAAGAGAAAAAAUUCCCUUUCUACUAAACCUUCUUUUCUUUCAGAAGACGCAAGCCCUUUUGAUCUCGUACGCGUGCAAUUUCUAUUUCUGGCUAGGACUUGAGCUCUCCUCCCUGCAUCAACACGGCCGCUUGGAUAUUCACGGUCAAAUGUCAUUGCUUGCUUCAGAUUCUGAUACACGCAAAGAUUGUCCUGUUUCGCGCCGAAUUCGCCACCCGAGGUAGCAUCAAGCGAGUUUACGAAGCCGCGGUGGAUCUGAUGAUUCUGCGUUGUUUCUCUUAACAGUCGCUCCACAAGACUGAGGCUGCACAAUGGGACGACCAAUGUGUAGCUAGCAAGGACAAUCUGAAUACCGGGGGAUUAAUGAUAGGAUUCUGCUUCCAAUACGCCUUGGCGAAACUUUUCAUUUAUCCAGCAAAAUGGCAUAUCUACAUGUUUGUCGUUAAGAGUGUAUGCUAUGAAAAAAGGGUAUCCCGAAGAUAAGGCGGCCUGUGAUUCCUUCCAUAACAUUACGAGUAGUAGCAGGCAUGCUACUGAUACGUAUCUUGUUUUGACUUUCCGUCUUCCGUUUAAUGAUAUCAGAGUUGCCUCAGUAUCUCUAUAAGAAUCUAAUAAGCAGAGUCCCGG